AUGGGUAACCGCCCAUCAAGGCAGAUUGAUCCUGGAGACGUGAGAAUCGAAACAACAUACUACUAUCCCGACCCAUCAGGCUCUGGCGGAAGAGUCUACGUCAACCGAACUCGAUCGCAACCGACAAGGGGAAGAAACGGUUCUGGAAGACGCGGCACGGCCCAUCGCGAACAUAUCCCGUGGUCACGGGAAGGCGAAAUCCUUGAACGUGUGCUCGACGGCGACGGUCCAUCCCCAGCACUCCGACGCUUCCUCGCUUACGAGCCACAGGAUCCUCGUCGAGUGAGAUCGGACGGAUCGGUCGUAUACAUGGAGAACUUUGAUCCUUUUAGCCGCAACGGGCACCGCCCUAGACGGCGUAUCACCUAUACCGAUGACGAGGGCUGGACAUAUUACCUUCACGACAACGACAUCGGCAAAAACGCAAUGAGAAUGCGAAGCACAAGCCCAACGCGCGGUCUCCGCCCUGGAGAUACAUACUACGACCGGCCCGAUUCGAGAGGAUACCGACCGAUGAGAGUCUACGAUCCCACGCGAGACCUCGACCCAAGUGGACCAGGCAGGGGCAUUUAG